UCAAUCAUUGUCAAUCCAUUUAUUACAUCCACUAGUUCCCUCCCUGAUCACCUUUCUGUCACUGUCUAGCUCCCUCUUGUCUCUAAUAAUCGGUGCAUUUUAACUCUCAUUAGUAUUUUACUGUUACUUAUUUGUCUGUUUUACUAAUCGAUUCCAUUAUUGCCCCUCCCCUGACGAUGCUAUGCUGCUAAUUUAGCAGCGACGUUACCUACAGCAUCAUGAACAGUUAAGACUAUUUUUCCUGUGGUGGAAACGACAUCUCUUUCGGUCCUGAGCAUACGUUCAACCACAAUGCUGUUCAGAAUUCAUUAACUCUUCCAUUUCUCCACAGAGGUUUUGUAAAUCCACAGUGGCCUCGGAAAUGACCUUCCCGAAGAACUGCAGUUCGCAGGUUGAAGAUGCUCCCACAAUGCUCUCAGGGUAUUGGAUGGACACGAUUUGCAGCCAGGAACUGGAAGCCAGUCAAUAAAUCAGAUUCUGAGAGCCUCACCCCAUUUAUGAUAACUUUAUGGUCACUGGAGUUUGGACAUGGAUGGGGAGAAUCUAUACAUUUGUUGUAUGUGUGGACAAGGCUUCAGCCAAUCGUCUGGCCUGUCAGAACAUAAAUGCAGUCAGAAUGGAGAGAGGUACGGGGACUAUGAGAAGGGAUUCAGAUCCCGGUCUGAGCUGGAAAUGCAUCAACACAGUCACACCGAGGAGAGGCCAUUCGUUUGUGCAGACUGUGGGAAGCGAUUCACUCAAUCAUCGGACCUUCUAAAACACCAGCGAGUUCACACUGGGGAAAGGCCAUUCACCUGCUCCACGUGUGGAAAGGGAUUUACAGAGUCAUCCACCCUGCUGAGACACCAGCGUGUCCACACUGGGGAGAGACCUUUUAAGUGCCCGAACUGUGGGAAAUGCUUUAAAUGUUCUGGUGAUUUGAUGCGCCAUCAGCGUAUUCACUCUGACGAGAAGCCAUUCAGAUGCUGUCACUGCGGGAACGAGUUCCGGCAAUUGUCUGGCCUCACUAAACACCAGCGAAUUCACACUGGGGAGAGACCGUUCACCUGCUCUGUGUGUGGGAAGGCAUUCACUCAGUCAUCCACUCUGCUGAUACACCAGCGCAUUCACACUGGGGAGGGACUGUUCACUUGCUUUGAGUGCGGCAAGAAAUUCACUUGUUCGACUGCCCUGCUGAGACACCAACGAGUCCAUGAGUAAUGACAGUGAUGGGACUUUACUAUGAAUCACAUCCAGAAUUGAACUGUUUACGUUAGUGUUUGUUUCUGCCUGUGUUAUUAAACUCCAGCUCAGUUAUACCUGUCAAUACUUUGCAGAACAUUCAUUACUUCAAUUUUGUGCUCAUUACUGUGUGUUGCAUCUUUUCGACUUAUUAAACAUGUUUGUUCCUUUU